AACACAAAUUACAACUUGCUAUUUACUAAUUAAUGCAUCCCCCAGCAAAAGCCAUGGAUUUCAGUUUCACGUUACUUUUCGUUCUGAUCUCAACCAUCGCCACCACCGCUGCUGCAUCUCCAAACAUUUACAUCCACAUGCUGAAGCCACACUACGGAUCCAGCGGCCACAAGCAUUCCGACCUCAACUGCUUGAGCUGGCGGCUGGCAGUGGAGACCAACAACCUGCAGAACUGGACCCAAGUUCCCCACGCAUGCAAAGACUAUGUCGGUCAUUACAUGCUUGGAAAACAAUACCGUCGGGAUGUUGAUCUGGUCGCCGCCGAAGCCUAUAAGUAUGCCAAAGGCCUCAACCUCACCGGAGAUGGAAAUGACGUUUGGGUCUUCGACAUUGAUGAAACUACACUAUCUAAUCUCCCGUAUUACGCUCGUGACACAGUUGCUUUCGGGGCAAUGCCGUUGAACGAGACAGCGUUCAACGCUUGGGUGGAGGAAGCAUCUUCAUUGGCAAUACCGGGGUCUCUUAAACUGUACAAAGAGUUAAUAAAAUUAGGGUUCAAGAUUGUGUUUCUCACCGGAGCCGACGAGAUUCACAGGGAAGCCCGUAUAAAAAAUCUGAAAGCAGUUGGUUAUAAGACGUGGGAAAAGCUAAUACUGAGAGGAGCUGGGGAUGGAAGCGGAGUGGUGUACAAAUCGAAGAAAAGGAAAGAGUUGGAGGAGGAGGGUGGAUACAAGAUUCGUGGGAAUAUGGGCGAUCAAUGGAGCGAUUUACUUGGAAGCAACGCCGGUGAUCGCACGUUUAAAGUUCCCGAUCCUAUGUACUACAUUGGUUAAGAAGCCAAAUGUUUGAAGACUAUCAACCAAACUCCGUUUUAAUAUUAAUUUGCUUAAUUUCCUAGGUUUCUAAUAAUUCUUUCGAAUAUGAAAAUUAUCAUAUUUCAUAUUUCGAAGUUUCGUAGGUUUGUUGACGGAGAAGUU